AUGUCCUUUCAAGGAUUGCAGGAGCGCUUGUCCGCUCUGCAAGAGACGACCUCCCAAAUCCAAGACCUCAUCUCUCGACUUGCGGAGCUCAAGUUCCAACCCGGCUCGGUACCCCUCGACACGAACGAAGAGGGCAGCGUGAGCGGAGAGCUCAGCACGGAAAUCGCAAUUUCUCUGCGCGAGUGCGAGGAUGAGCGAGAGCUACUAUCCGAAGAUGUGGAAUAUCUGCGCAAAGAGGAGAAGACGAGGUUGCGGGAGGGUGUCGAGCGCCAGGCCCACGAGCUGGAGCGGUUACGGGCCUCUUUCCGCCAAGCCCGCCUCGCCGCCAGAAAGAGCCUACUGGACGCACAGAGGCUGGAGCGGCAGCUUCUCGUCAAAUCGUACUCGAUACCGGAUCACACCUCGACCAACGAGACAAACGACGAGCAACCUGCGUCCGUCCACAUUCCGCAGCCUAUCCGCAAGCAGAAGCAGUACGAGACGGGGACGGUGCUGUCAGAGAAGGAUCGACAGACGGUGGGCGCGAGCUCUCGGGUGACGGACUCGCUGCGCCAGAUGCAUGCCUCGCUGCAGUCGGAGUUGGAGCGGAGCGAGUACGCCAAGCAGACCAUGGCCGAGUCGAGCGCGGCCUUUGCGCAGCUGGACGAGUCGUACUCGGGAUUAGAGACGAUGCUGAAGCGCUCGAGGGAUUUGCUGGGCACAUUGCUGCGGAGCCAAAAGAGCGACACGUGGUACCUCACGACGAGCUUCUACAUGUUGAUGGUGGUGGGGGCGUGGCUGGUGUACAGAAGAUGGCUCUCUGGGCCGCUCUGGUGGCUGGUCCUGUUUCCACUGCGGAUACUAUUUGGCGUGGGCAAGGGAGUCGGCAAGGUGGCACUCAAAGGGCACGAUGGGCAGGUAGUGGAGAUUGGGACCGAUGAGGCGGCCAAGGUAGAGGUGGAGGGGAUACCGGGGAGCGAGCUGCCGACAGCCAGGGUAGCAGGCGACCACAAGCCGGAGGAGGAUGUCGACGCAUUGCUGGAGAGGGUAGGUGGUGUGAUGAACGAACAAGACGUUGUUGAGCCGGUGGAGCGGAUAGAAGUCAGUGUGGAGGAAGGACAGCCCAUUGCGGCGGGCGACGAUGCACGUCCACGAGAUGAGCUAUAG